AUGGGCUUUCUGCGUGAUAAGCUCAAGCAGAAGCUUGAAGAGGUUACAGCAGGUGUAGAGAGUCUGCUCCAUGAAGACGAUACCCCCAGCGCUUCCGCCAACGCUCAGCAAGCCGGAGACGAUGAAGUCCCCGAGACCUCCUAUCCUUCCCAGUAUGGAGCCAACCGCUUCGGAUCCUUCGCACCUGAAUCCUCAGGCGAUGUGAAGUGGUACGUCGAUGGAGCCUCCUAUUUCCAUGCCGUCUCCAUCGCUCUCGAACAGGCCCAGGAGAGCAUCUACAUUCUUGAUUGGUGGCUGAGCCCCGAGUUGUAUCUGCGCCGCCCCCCUGCAAAGAACCAGCAGUACCGGCUUGACCGGAUGCUGCGCAACGCUGCAGAGCGCGGUGUAAAAGUCCACAUUAUUGUGUACAAGGAGGUCGAACAGGCUUUGACUCUCGAUUCUCGGCACACCAGGAAAGCUUUGGAAGGUCUUCACGAGAACAUCCAGGUCUUUAGACAUCCUGAUCAUAUCCCGAGGGGCAGAGAUGUCAUCGCCGAUCUCCGGUCCAAGAUACAGAUGGGCACAUUCAGCUUGGCUAAGCUCCCGCAGGAGACCCUGACCGCAUUGUACGGAACAAAGGAUGAUGUGACCCUGUUCUGGGCCCACCAUGAGAAGCUGUGCGUUGUCGAUAGGAAGCUCGCAUUUAUGGGAGGUUUGGAUAUGUGCUUCGGAAGAUGGGACACAAACAGUCACCCAAUCGCCGAUGCCCAUCCCAGCAACCUCAACGACAUCAUUUUCCCCGGUCAGGACUACAACAAUGCUCGUGUAUACGACUUUGAGGAUGUUAGUAACUGGGAGAACAACAAGCUUGACCGCACGAAGCACUCCAGAAUGGGUUGGUCUGAUAUCAGCAUCAGUCUGCAAGGCCACAUUGUUGAUAACCUAGUUGAUCACUUCGUCGACCGCUGGGCCUUCAUCUGGAACGAAAAGUACAAGGAAAAGGAUCCCGGAAAGUAUGCCCUUAUCAGUGCCGACGCUCCAAGCCGCGACCGUGGAUAUGGAGAUAACGCUCCCUAUCCUGAGUCCGAUAAUUACGAAACCCCUUUCCAUUUCCGCCAGCAUGCCCGCCGUUUCUUGGGAGAUACCGACGACGUGGACCAUGACAAUCGCAGCCGCUCGGGCGAGCAUCCGAGACGUAGCAUGAAGGUUCAACUGGUGCGAAGUUGCUCCAAAUGGUCCGCUGGUCAUGACACGGAAGCCUCCAUUGCCGAAGCCUACAUCGAGAUCAUCACCAACGCCAAGCACUUCAUCUACAUCGAGAACCAGUUCUUUAUUACCGCUACAUCCAACGCUCAGAAGCCUGUUGAAAAUAAGAUCGGCAAGGCCAUCGUUGACCGUAUCAUCCGGGCGCAUCGCGAGGGCGAGAAGUUUAUCAUUUUCGUGACGAUGCCUGCCGUCCCUGCUUUCGCUGGCGAUCUCAAGUCCGACGGCGCCCUCGGCACUCGUGCUAUCAUGGAGUACCAAUACUUUAGCAUCAACAGAGGUGGCAACAGCAUCAUGGAAUGUCUGCAGAGGGCGGGCAUUGAGAACCCGUCGGAUUACAUCCGAUUCUACAACUUGCGCAACUACGACCGUAUCAACACUAGUGAGGCUAUGGCUCAAGCUACCAGGGAUGCCGGAGUAAGCUACGAAGGGGCUCGUCGGGAUUACGAUGACAAGUUCGGGCGUGCCAUUGAUGAUGAACGGAACCAAUAUGAAAGCAGCCGCGAUCCGUAUGAGAGGAACAGGGGUGAUGACGGCUAUGGAAGGGGCAGAUACGAGGGUGAUAGGGGUUAUGAGGGCGGAAGAGGUGGCUACGAUGGCGGCUACGAUGGCGGCAGACCCGAGAGCGACGAGUACGAUGUCCAGGGCGGAUAUGGCGACCGGUACGACGGUGGCCGUGAUGAUGACCGGUACGGUGGCAGGCAGAGCGGCUAUGAAGGUGGAUACCGUGACGAGGACUACCGUCAAAGCAGUCGCUACGAAGACGGCUACGAAGGCGGCUACGGAGGAAGCCAAGGCGGCGGACGCCAAUACAGCCAAUAUGAGCGCUACCAGGAAGCCGCCAGCAAGAUCACCGACAGCACCUGGGACACCAUCUCCUCCUGCUACAUGCUCAACGGUCCAGAGGUGGACAGCGUCCCCUGGAACGGCUCGCCCGAAUCCGAGAUUGACGCCUUCGUCUGCGAAGAGCUCUACGUCCACUCCAAGGUUCUCAUCGCCGACGACCGCGUCGUCAUCUGCGGCUCCGCCAACCUCAACGACCGCUCGCAAUUGGGCGACCACGACUCGGAAAUCGCCGUCAUCAUCCAGGACAAGAACCGCGUGGAGAGUUCCAUGAACGGCGAACCCUACCAAGCCUCCGCCUUCGCCGCUUCGCUGCGUCGCUACCUCUUCCGUAAGCACCUCGGCUUGCUCCCCGACCAGCGCUGGGACGCCGCCAACAACAACUGGACCCCCGUCAACCAGCAGUCCGUCAACGAGUACGAUUGGGGCUCGGACGCCGAUCGACUUGUCGAGGAUCCCCUCGCUGACGACUUCUUGGCCAUGUGGUACAAGACGGCGAAAGCUAAUACCAAGAUCUUCCGCAAGGUGUUCCAUGCUGUGCCUGAUGAUACGGUGCGCACGUGGGAGGACUAUGAAGAGUUCUUUAGCGAAAAGUUCGUGUUGCCCGGAACGGAGGCUAAGGAGGCUGAGAAAGGUUACGAAAAGGGCAAGGUUGAUUAUGGACAUGUGGUCAAGGAUGAGUUCCCUGGUGGCGUGGAGGAGGUUAAGGAGUGGCUGGGUAGAGUCCGCGGAACGCUCGUGGAGAUGCCGUUGAACUUUUUGAUUGAUGUGAAGGAUUUGGCCAAGGAGGGGUUGUCGUUUAAUGAGUUGACGAACACGCUUUAUACCUAAGGUGGUUGGAGGGGUGAUGAGGGAUAACGAUGGCCCUUGGACACACUAGGGCAGGGAAUGUGGCUAGGUAUAGGAGAAACGUAUGGAUGAAUGAUGAGGUAGAGAUCAUGAGUUGAAUACAAUGUUUGCAGUGGUUUACAAAUAAUCGAGUUAUAAAUG